AUGGCCAGCGUGGAGCAGCACGAGCAGCAGGGAACCAAGAAGCAAGAAGCGUGGAGCAGCACGAGCAGCAGGGAACUGUCCGAGCUCGCAAGGCUUUGCAGGGAGGCGAUAAAGGAAGACCUUAAAGAGAGAAGAGCAGAAGUGCUGGCUGAAGUUGCAGAGGUGGGGAAAGGCAUCCGCUAUGCCCGUCGAGACUUCGCCAGUCGCAAGACAAGGAUGAUUGCUCUCCAGAACCUGAAGGGAACAACCACUGCAUCGAGAAGGGGGAUGGAGAAAAUCAUCUACGACUUCUACUCUGAUGUGUUCGACAGCCAUGCCCACUUGCCUCCUCACCAUCUGAGGGAAGACGGACAAGUCAUUCCAGAGGUUCUCCCGUCCGAAAUACGACAUGCUAUCAUGUCGGUUCCUAAACAGUGGAAGACCAGCAAGACCGUGCUGUUGUACAAGAAGGUAGAUCCACAUGACAUCGGCAACUAUCGCCCAAUCUGCUUACUGUCCGUCAUCUACAAGCUCUUUACAGGAGUGAUCUUUAAUAGGAUUGAAAACACGAUUGAUCAGAUUCACACUGCUUCGAAACUCAUCGAGGUAUUACGAGAGUACAAGAUGCCGCUCUGUCUCACCUUCAUCGACUUGAAGAAGGCCUUCGACUCAGUUAAGACGGAAGCGGUCGUGGAAGCCUUGGACAACCAAGGCGUCCCUACUCAGUAG